GAGAGAGAGACUCCACUGAGGAGUGAGGAGAGAGAGAGGCUCUGCCGAGGUACAAGUAGAGUUUGGUAUGAAGUGCGAGAGGAGCGAACAGUUUUCUCUUCGGUAGAAAUGGCGACGGACCGUGAAAAGGAGAGAGAGGCAGAGCUGGAGAGUGCUAUGUACACGAAUUGCCUGCUACUCGGCCUGGAUCCGGCUAUCAUUGGCGUGGGCGGGGCAGGAGGGAGUCCCAGGGUCGGCCAUUUCCGGCAUUCCAACCCUAGAUUGGGGGAAAAGCUUCUAUACUUUCUUCUCUCGUCCUUAAGAGGGCCCGUCCAAUCUGCCAAGGAUUUCGAUAAGGUGUGGCCCAUUUACGAUUCUGCUCAGUCCCGAGAUUUUCGUAAGAUUGUGCAAGGUAUAAUAAGUGAGCUGGAGCCACAAGGGGCACUUCAUUAAUAGCAAUAUGGCCCUCAUUCCUAUUCUUUGAUUUCUCUCAUUUUAUGUUUGCUGCAAACCAGAUUUGUUGAGCUCUUAUGGCAACUUUCUGUGCAUGCAUUGAGGGAGGUUCAUAGUCGCACAUUUGCUGCUGAUGUAGCUUCUAAUCCACUUCCUGCUUCACUAACGGAUGCAUCUUAUCUUCAUGCUGCAGCUUUACUUCCUGUAACCAAGGCAAGGAUUGCACUUGAGAGAAGAAAGUUCCUAAAAAAUGCAAGUAUUGCUGUACAUAGGCAAGCUGCUUGGUCCAACUUAGCUAAUGAAAUGACUGCAGAAUUUCGUGCUCUUUGUGCUGAAGAGGCAUAUUUGCAGCAAGAAUUAGAAAAACUGCAGGAUUUGAGAAAUAAAGCAAAGUUAGAUGGGGAAUUAUGGGAUGAUCACAUCUCCACUUCUAGUCAGAAUGCCCAUCUGGUUUCGAAAGCAACCCGCUUAUGGGAGUCCUUAUUAUCUCGAAAGAGUCAACACGAGGUGCUUGCUUCAGGUCCUAUUGAGGAUCUAAUAGCACAUCGUGAGCAUAGGUAUCGCAUCUCGGGGUCAUCUUUACUUGCAGCCAUGGAAUCAGGUUCUUAUGUUUCGUAUCCAGAUUUGCUCUCUGCUCAUGCUAGUGAACUGUCUUCAUCCACUGAUGCUUGUGAAAAAGUCGGUUAUUCUCAAAUUCCCGCAAAGACUGAUAUCUUAUCUAAGACUGAUGAUAGGGGUGUAAGAGUUCAUCAAAUCGUUGAUGUGGCUGAGGUUAUUAGACGUUGGACGCAUGCAUUACAGCGUAUCCAUAAGCAGUCACUUCAUCUGGCCAAAGCUAAUGAUGGAGAGGGCCCAGAGCUACUUCGCAGUACAUUUGAUGAUGGUACCGGUGGACAUGCUGAGUCCUUAGCAGCAACCCUUGCUGAACAUCGCCAACAUUUAGUUAGUAUACAGGGGCUCAUCAACCAACUUAAAGACGCAGUCCCAGUAAUGCAGAAGUCAAUAGCGGACCUGACUGAAGAAGUGAAUAGAAUUUCACCAAUUGCACUAGAUGAAUAUAAUGAGCGAUUAAGCUCGCCAACCCAGGCCCGAAGCAGUGGAAGGAUACAAGAAAAUACAGAUCAACUGGCUGAGAUGGCUUCCAAUCUCUCUCUUCAAUCUGGAAAGGUUUCUGGCAGCCCGCUUCUCAAACUUCCACAUUUGUUUAGUCUUACUCCAAAUUCAUCAGGAAAGAGUAUGCAUUCUGGAAAGCGGCAUGCCACAGCUGCUCCACCCGCAGCUAAGUCAGAAAAUAUUCUUGCAGUGAAGUCAGUAGGCCAACCUUUUGGAAAUGAUUGUGAAGAAGUUGCAGCAGAAGAUGGGGUUUUAUAUGCCCUAAAUAUCAGGCUUGCUGUUCGUGAAGCUGCAUUGUCUGGUCCAUCAAGUAAUUCUGAGGUUUCAGAUGAGAAAAGCAGUGAUGAGUCCGAGCAUUUCUUUGUUCCGCUUUCCACCAGCCUUCCUGGAAAGGAGGCUGAUGCUGUAAUUAGUCACAGAAAACAGCCGCCCUUCUCUCCUGAUAACGGGGAAUGCAUCGACCAAGUGUUCUCUCCUCCGUUUGUGAUGAAUGAUUCAUUCUUUGAGGAUUCCUAUGAAGACUUGCUUGCACCACUGUCAGAGACUGACGCUGCCUUAAUGGGAAGCCCAAGCUGGUUGGAGGGCAACUCAUCUAAUGCUUCAGGAUAGUACAAACUUAACAAGCAUUUGUUCUUUUAAAUAUAAUUUAAUUCACAUCAUGUAAAUUUUAUUUGUUAAUUUCAUUUGAAUCUUUUUCACCCCAGUGAGCAAAUUUAGUCUCAGAUCUUAAUUACGGCCUGUCAAAAAUUGAGCUGAUCUAUCUCCUUUGGUUUUGACUGUUUUUUGAGAGGUUUAAUGAGAGAUUAGUGCAUGUGCUGUUGUAUAUUUGUAACUCUAAUUUUUUUUAAGGAUCUAUGAACAUUUAUAGCACUGGGAAAUAUAUAAUAGCUCUUUUUAAAAGUUGUAUUUUUAACAUUAAUUCCACAUUCAGUUG